UUUCAGUCUCUGUCGCCAUGAAAUCUCUUUCUGUUUAGCGAAUUUGGUUUUAUAUAAAGAUUCAUUUUUGUAAUCUGCGAUUUUAUAAUGAAGCAAGUGGAUGUAUAAAGGAGUGGUUAAAAUGGCUUUCGGUGAAGGUGAAAAUAAAGAAACUGAAGUCUUAAAGAAGGAAAACGAGUCGACUGGUAAAGAGGACAGCACGAGUACUGCGAUCCCAUCAAAUCCAGAAAAAUCGGAGAAGGAAUCGAUUGAGAAAGAAACUACUGGAUCUACAAAAAGUGAAAACCCAGUGGACCCAGAUGAUUCUUUAUUCUCUAUCUUUACGGAUUUCUUGGUUAUUCUUCUCUUGCCUAUAAAGCCUUUUUACGAAUGCUUGAAGUCUGCUAAUCCAGUGUGUAACAAAAUCUCCCAACUGUUUGAAGAAACUGCUGUCAAGGUCUUGAAAUUUGUACUUACUGGAAGUACAUGGAGUUCUGCCUUGGUUGCAGUUAAAAAGACCCUUUUCAGCCAAAGUAUCCGUUGUGCAUGA